AUCUUUAAAGAUUAGGUCAAAGUUCCUAUUAUUGUUAAGCUAUAUAGAAGUAUAAUAAACAAGAUGUUGCUGAAGAAUUUUUACAAACUUGUGCUCAGAAGUAAAGGCCCUAUAAAUUCAAACAGAAAUGUGGAAACUGCCGCACACUCGAUUAAAAUUUUUGAAAAAAUCAAACAAAAACGACAAGAAGCUUUGCGUGGGGGUGGUUUAGAAAGAAUUGAAAAUCAACACAAAAAGGGAAAGCUAACCGCUAGAGAAAGAAUAGAUUUAUUUUGUGACGAUGAAAGUUUUGUGGAGUAUGAUAUGUUUAUGGAACAUACUUGUACAGAUUUUGGUAUGGAUAAAAGGAAGUUUCCGGGUGAUUCAGUUGUAACUGGUCACGGACUAGUAAAUGGUAGACCAGUUUUUAUAUUUAGCCAGGAUGCAACGGUUUUCGGUGGUUCUUUAUCAAGUGUCCAUGCCAGAAAAAUAUGUAAAAUUAUGGAUCAAGCCAUUUCUGUCGGUGCUCCGGUGGUGGGAUUGAACGAUUCCGGCGGAGCACGUAUUCAAGAAGGCGUAGAAUCGCUGGCUGGAUACGCAGAUAUUUUUCAAAAAAAUGUCCUGGCUUCCGGUGUUAUUCCGCAGAUUUCUUUGAUCAUGGGACCUUGUGCAGGAGGUGCUGUUUAUUCGCCGGCCAUAACGGAUUUUACGUUUAUGGUUGAGGAUACUUCGUGCUUGUUUAUUACUGGUCCUGAUGUAAUUAAAUCCGUUACUAAUGAAGACGUGACGUCACAAGAGUUGGGUGGGUCAAAAGUUCAUACAGAAGUGUCUGGAGUGGCACACAGAUCCUUCGAAAAUGAUAUUGAUGCUCUUCUACAACUUCGCGAGUUUAUGGGAUUCUUGCCACAAUCUAACCAAAGUCCCGUUCCUAUUAGAGCAUGCGACGAUGCAUGUGAUUCAGAUGUUCCAGUUUUGGAAACUGUUAUUCCUCCAGUAACAACAGCGCCCUACGACAUGCUCGAUAUUAUUUUAGCUAUAGUGGAUGAGAGAGAUUUUUUCGAAAUAAUGCCAAAAUAUGCUAGAAAUAUAAUUGUCGGAUUCGCUAGAAUGAACGGGAGGACAGUUGGUAUAGUAGCUAAUCAACCAAAAGUAGCAGCAGGAUGUUUAGAUAUCAAUGCUUCUGUAAAGGCAGCUAGGUUUGUCCGAUUCUGUGACGCCUUUAAUAUUUCACUCAUAACUCUAGUGGAUGUUCCCGGAUUCCUGCCUGGAGUUCAUCAGGAGCACAACGGUUGUAUUCGCCAUGGCGCCAAGUUGCUAUUCGCCUAUGCGGAGGCCACCGUUCCCAAAUUAACCGUAAUUACGAGGAAAGCUUAUGGAGGAGCGUACAUCACUUCCAGUUCCAAGCAUCUACGUGGUGAUGUAAAUUACGCCUGGCCAUCUGCAGAAGUAGCAGUUAUGGGUGCUAAAAGCGCAGCUAGUGUCUUGUAUAAAGGAAAAUCUAACGUAGAUGAACUGGAAAAAGAGUACAUUGAUAAAUUUACCAGUCCAUUUUCAGCAGCUCAAAAAGGAUAUGUUGAUGACAUCAUUGAGCCUAGGACAACUAGAUGGAGAUUAUGCAGAGACCUGGACCUUCUGGAAACGAAAAAACUUACCAAUCCGCCUAAAAAACAUGGAAAUAUUCCGUUAUAAAUCACUAUACCGCACAUCUAUUUUUUAUUUAAUCGAUAUAAAAGUUCAAAUAUAUUAAAGUUUAUUGAAGGAAUAUUUUUCAAUCAACGAUAUUAAUAAAUCAUCUCAGCUUUUAUAUGCUAUGCUUAUAAUACGCUAAAUCAUAAGAUCGUUUUAUCUUAUCAUUAGAUUUAAUCGUUAGAUAUAUUUUAUAACAUAAUUUAAUUAGCUUGUUGGUUGCGAAAUGAUUUUCUUUAAGAACAUAUACACACAAAGAAGUCAAAGAAUUUAGGGACCAUUCCUUAGAGACUUUAUUCUUCUUAUGGAGCUUAGGGACAAAAAUAUUUAGUUUUAUAUGCGUAAAAUCUGAUGGAUCGACUAUUUCUAUGUAAACUAUUAUUUAGUUUUGAAAGCAAAUGCUAAUACAUAUAAUUUAUAAAGCCUGUAAAUGAAUAUGCGCCAAAGAAUAGUGAAGCUUAUUUGAAGGUGUGUAGAUGGAACUAAUCAAAUCGAGUUUAUAGUUAUGAAAAACCCUUUAUUUUUAAACAAGAUAACAAACAAAACAUAAUAUUUUUUUUUGGAUUUGUGACUAUCUGUUAUUGCUAUUUAAAUAUAAAUGUUGUAAGAAAAAUAUUUUUUAAAAUAUGUAGUUUAUAAAUGUCGGAGGACAACGGUCUCAAUUUAAAAAAAAUACACAUUUUUUUU